AUGGCCUUCCUGCAGGAGCCGAGCCUGACUGCGCUGCUGGCGGGGCAGAUGCGGGAGUGGGCCGUGGAGACGGAGGCCCAGCAGGGCGCCCUCCCCCCCCUUUCCCCCCUGCCCGAGCCUGUCCGAGACCCAGGCGCUGCGCCGGCGCCCCUCGGACCCGGGGGCCCACGGUCCGCGUCCCCAGAAUCGGCUCCGCGUUCCUCCAGCUCCGGCGGGCGGCGGCUGCGCACGCUGCAGGACACAGCGGAGGCCAUCGGCCUCAUCCCCGCCGCCAGCAUCAGCCCGCGCAGUACCUCCGUCACCCAGCCCCCGGCGGGGCCGGCCGUCGCAGUCUCCAUGCAAGGUCAUGCAGCCCAUCCGCUGGCAGCGGCGGAACCGGGCAGUCUGGCUCAGGCGCUGGCGCCCGCGGCGUCGCCCGUGGUCGGGCACGCGGCAUACCUGCCGGCGGCUGGAUACUCCGCAUCCAGCCACCUUCCUGCAGCCGGACAUCUGGCGCCGGCCUACCUGUCGGCGUCCGAGCAGUCGGCGUCCGGCCACCUGCCGGCAGCUGGAUACUCCGCGUCCGGCCACCUGCCGGCGACUGGCCGAGCUCCGUCCGCCCUCCCGCCAGAGGGGGCCCCCUCCCCGCUCCUGCGAACCGCCACAGGCAGCAUGAUGGUCGGGGGGGUGCCCCCGCACGCGCUCUCCCUCACGCUCGCCGACCGGGAGGGGGCCGUACGCCGCUCGCGCGCGUCCCCGGACCAGGCAGGCACAUCCUCCUCCAUGGAUGUGGACGACCCGGCCCCGCUUUCCAGCCCGGGCCUCUCCUCUGGCGUCGCCGUGAAGCAGGAGGCGGCGCUGCUCAGCUUCACCCAGGACUGGAGCUACGAGGCCUCCUGUCGCAGCCUGGCCCAGGAGCUGGGCUGGAGCACCGCCAGCCUGGACCGGUGGAUGGGCGAGGUACUGGGGCCCCAGGGCGAUGGCAGGAAGCGGGGGCGGCCACGGCAAGCCAGGGAUGUCCACCUGGCAGACGGCAUGGUGGAACCCACCACGAGCGAGGUGCUCGUCCGUCUGAUGCAGGAUCCCGCCAACCGCCUGCUCCCCGCUGAGGAGUUGAGGCGGAGGACUCGGCGGGAAAAGAACAAGAUCAGUGCUGCGGUGUCCAGGUACAAGAAGUCCAGGCGAGACCAAGACCUGCAGGACAAGGAGUACGCUUCGCCUCAAGAGUUCUGGGAUGAGGUCGCAGCCGCACGGUCCUCCGGGGCUGGGCCGCAGUGGUAUGACCAGGCGGUGCGAUACUGGGACACCCAGGAGGCCAGCGACGAUGGCGUGCUGGGGGGAUUCGGAGAGCUCUCUGACCCUGAUAUAGUGGAUAGUAGGAAGUUUCUGGCCAAGGUAGAUUGCGGAGCUGGCAUCGGCAGGGUGACCCAGGCCCUGCUUCUGCACACCUACCAGGAGGUCGACCUGGUGGAGCCAUCGGCGCACCUGCUGGAGAGGGCGCGGACAGCCUUCGAGGGCCGAGCUGGGAAGGAUGGCAUCCCACCCGGCCAUUGCGUAGUCAACUACUUCCAGCAGGGGCUGGAGGCCUUCCACCCGGAGCCCCAGCGCUACAACGCGCUCUGGCUGCAGUGGGCAGUCCUGUACCUCACAGAUGAGGAUGCCAUCGCGUUCUUCCAGCGCUGUGCCAAGGCGUUGAAGCCCGGCGGCUUCGUCUUUGUAAAGGAGAAUGUCUGUCCAGAUGGAUUCGUGGUGGACCGCUCCGACUGCAGCAUAACGAGGAACCACAAGUAUUACUUGGAGCUGUUCUCCAAGGGCGGCCUCACGCUUGCACAUUCUGCCACGCAGUGA